AUGUCAACUUUCGCCUCUGCAAACUUUUCCGAUUCAGACGACGAAGACGCCGAUUUCCUCCCUUCUCCCCCCGCUAAGAAACGUCAACGAUCGCAAUCUGUGGAGCAUGCACAUGAACGUGUUCCAAAUCCGGAAGAGAUGAAAGUCAAGGAGGAAGAAGAGAAAGAGAGAAGACGUCGAGCAGAGGAGAUAUUGAUGGCCAUGAAGGCUGAAGCUUCAUCUGAUCAAGUUCUACCCCCCACAAAACCCUCAUCGUCUACGAUACUUCAAAUUCCCACUUUGUCCACGUCCACCGUGACCGGACCGUCCGAGAAAGACACCAUCGUCAGAUCGGCACAGGAGCCAGACGUCUCUGAGGGAUCUCGAAGUGUAAACGCGACAGAAAAAGAUUUUCAGGAAGGCGACAAGGGUGACAAAAAGAGUGCGCAAGAUAUGAUAGACAAAGAGGGGCAAGUGAAAAUAAUAGAGAUCAAAAGACCCAGGAGAUCCUCCUUGGGUUGUGACCAUAAGUGCUGCGGUGGCCAAGAUGAAUUUCCCGAGGAAGGUUUGUUGACCCAAAGUGAGACAAUCCAAUUGAGAGCGGACGACCCAGAAGCUAUCAAAUAUCUUUCCACUGAAUUCACAUCAACAGACGAUAAACCUCCCAAAACCUCCAGUACGGAUACUACCACUCCUGGGAAGAGUGCGAAAGGUAGAAAAAAGCCUCGGGUAUCGUUGGAAACUAUGGCUGCUGCUAUUGAUAAAGGCAAGAAGAUGACAACUUUGGAAAAGUCCCAGUUAGAUUGGAAAUCCCACCUUUCAUCCGAUACUUCCAUUCACGAUGAACUCGAAGCUAAUCGUCGAUCUGGGGGAUAUCUCCAGAAACGCGAUUUUUUGGACAGAGUAGGGGAAAGAAGGGAAGAACAAUUAUCAAAAGCACGUCGAUGA